GUAGUACCGGAUUGACCCAUCCGCGACGAGAUCAUCCUCGAGGACGGGGCCGUACCUCCGCGCGGUUGCAUCUACCGAAUGAGCGAGGAAGAGUUAAGUGUGCUUCGGGCACAACUCGACGACCUUCWAGAGAAAGGCUGGAUUCGGCCUAGCUCAUCGCCAUACGGUGCUCCUGUUCUCUUCGUCCGGAAGAAGAACAAGGACCUGCGGUUGUGCAUCGAUUAUCGCAAGCUCAACGAGCAGACGAUCAGGAACGCCGGCCCUCUCUCACGCAUCGACGACCUUCUCGAGCGAUUGGGCGGCGCCCAGUUCUUCUCUAAAUUGUAUCUCAAGUCAGGGUACCACCAAUUCGAGAUUCGCAAGGAGAGUCGCUACAAGACCGCGUUCAAGACACGGUAUGGGCAUUUCGAAUGGCUGGUCAUGCCAUUUGGCCUUACGAAUGCCCCAGCCACUUUCCAAGCGGCUAUGACGACGGAGUUCCGACACAUGCUGGAUCGUUUCGUACUUAUCUACCUCGACGACAUUCUGGUUUACAGCCGGAGUCUGGACGAGCAUGUGGAACACCUGCGCACCGUUUUGGAGCGGCUACGACAGGCCAAGUACAAAGCAAACCGCGACAAGUGCGAGUUCGCACAGCAGGAGCUGGAGUACUUGGGACACUAUGUGAGGCCGCAAGGCAACCGUUCGCUUGCGAACAAGAUCGAGGCCCUACGAUCGCCAAAGGUGCCAUUCGUAUUCGAUGAUAACGCACGCCGGUCAUUCCAAGCACUUAAGACGGCUAUGCUCAUGGCACCCGUCCUUAGCAUCUAUGACCCCACCCUGCCGACGCGAGUGACUACGGACGCUUCCGGCUAUGGCAUUGGGGCAGUCUUGGAACAACACGACGGCGACGACUGGCACCCUGUGGAGUAUUUCAGCCACAAAGUGCCUCCCAUCAACUCGCUUGAUGAUGCAAGGAAGAAGGAGCUGCUCGCAUUCGUGAUGGCUCUCAAGCGUUGGCGGCACUUCCUCCUUGGGCGUUGUAGGUUCACAUGGGUCACAGACAACAAUCCAUUGACCUACUACAAGACGCAGGACACGGUGAGCAGCACGAUCGAACGAUGGAUGUACUUCAUCGAUCAAUUUGACUUCACACCGAAACAUGUCCCCGGCCUCUCCAAUCGCGCAGCAGAUGCACGCUCGCGAAGACCUGAUCUUUGCGCUAUGUCACAUCAUGCCUUCGCAUUCGACGAGGAGCUUCAGCGACACUUCAUCCGGGCAUAUCAGUCUGGUCCGGACUUCGGCACGCUCUAUGCACAGCUAUCUUCGGAUCACCCGUCGGCCAGCCAUUACCGCAUUGCCGACGGGUACUUGCUCCUCCACUCGAGAGGCAAGGACUUACUAUGUGUCCCACGCGACCGUCGUCUUCGGACUCGCCUCCUCGGCGAGUACCAUGAUUCACGACUCGCCGGCCAUUUUGGAGUCAACCGCACUAUUGCACGGCUUCGACAGCGAUUCCGAUGGCCCGACCUCAUUACCGAUGUCACUCGGUAUUGCGGCUCUUGCGAAGUUUGUCGACGCAGCAAGCCCCGCAACCGAUGUCACCCGAUGCCUAUCCCACGGGAACCCGGUCUCUCCAUUGCCAUGGACGUCACCGGUCCGUUCCCUCGCGACCGGCUCGGGCACGACGGCAUCCUCACGGUGGUGGACCGAUUGAGGACGUUCUCAGUGACACACAUCUGUGGAGUCUCCACUAUCGCACCAAAGUCACCUCUUAUGCACUGUCCGCACUUUGUACGCCGUCUCGACGUUUUCGCUGACUCUCUAUCCGACCCUGUCAUCAAUGUGGAAAAACUCAGACGAGGUGUACUCGAGUUCUAACACCAGGAAGUCUUCAAGUGCGGCUCGGAGGGGUGGGAGGGGUCCGUCUCCCGGACAAUUAUCUCCUUCAACUUCCAUCAGGCCAUGACUAACGUCCAUAAACUCGGUCAUUGGUUGCUCCCGUCCCGUCACUGUUCCAUUAUUUUGAGGCCUUUGGAGAAGUCGGUGUGACGGCUUUGAUGGUGGGCAUGAAGCACUUAAAUAAAAUUAUUUCCUGUCCUUGAGUGCAUUCCAGCUCUACUCAAAUGGACAAAG